AGCCGGAGAGCCGCCUGUCCCGCAACGGCAUCACGUUGUCAUCUAACCCGCAGAUCCUCUUCAGCAGUAGCACCACCGGCCAGGGAUUCCUGCGUUUGAUUUUUCUUUCCUGAGAGAAGCACUUUGCAGUUGUCUUUAUUGAAUAUCAUCUUGUUGAUUUCAGACCAGUUCUCUCAUUUGGCAAAGGGAGAAAUCUCAGCUGCAAAGGACACGGCCAGCAGCUCCGACAGGAUCAGGCGGGACCCAGCCUGCGCCUUCAGCCAGGAAGCCCUGAGGCAGCACCCCCCCGAAUCCCACCUGCUCCCCCCGGCUAGGAAUCCCCCAAGGGGUCCCUAUCCCUGAGCAGGGCUCCCCACCCCGCCCCUUGAAGCAGGUGCCAUGGCAGCGCCAAAGACCUACUCUAGGGUCUUGCAAGAAUCCCAGGACGUCUUCCACCGCUUCCCCCUCCAGCUGGUCCACGGGAUCCCGCUCAUGGAGCCCAUCGCCCAGCAGUGGGGCCCCAUCGAGAACUUCCAGGCCUGGCCUGACGACCUCCUCAUCUCCACCUACCCCAAGGCAGGGACCACGUGGAUGCAGGAGAUCGUGGACCUGAUCCUGGUCCGAGGGGACGUGGAAAAAGCCUGCCGAGCCCCGACCCACGUCCGGAUCCCCUUCCUGGAGAUCUGCUCUCCUCCCCCAGUGCCCUCAGGUGUGCAGCAGCUGAUGAAUGUUCCUCCCCCCCGAGUCAUCAAGACCCACCUGCCCUUCCAGCUGGUUCCCAAGUCCUUCUGGGAGAACAGAUGCAAGGUGAUCUACGUGGCCCGAAAUGCCAAGGAUAACUUGGUCUCGUAUUACUUCUUUGACCAGAUGAACAAGACACAGCCCGAGCCGGGGCCCUGGGAGCUCUAUCUGCAGAAGUUCAUGGAUGGGAAACUGGCCUGUGGCUCGUGGUAUGACCACGUCUGUAGAUACUGGGCUGAACGGGCCAAUCACCGCAUCCUCUACGUCUUCUAUGAGGACAUGAAAGAGGACCCGGCCCGGGAGAUCCGCAGGGUCAUGGACUUCUUGGAGGUGGAGCUGCCUCCAGAGGUGCUGGAGAAAAUCGUCCAGCAAACGUCCUUCCAGAUCAUGAAGGAGAACCCCAUGGCCAACUAUAGCAGUAUGCCCAGCGUCAUCUUCGACCAGACCGUCAGCCCCUUCAUGCGCAAGGGCGAGGUUGGCGACUGGAAGAACCAUUUCACCGUGGCGCAGAGCGAGGCAUUCGACGCCCAUUACCAGCGCCGCAUGGAGGGGACCGGCCUGCACUUCCGGACCCAGAUCUAGGGCCCGCCCCGCAGGUGCUGACAGCCCCCCCGCCCCCGGGAACAGCGCUGCAAUAAAAGUUUAUCUCCUGACCCUGGACAUUGUGAUACCUGGGAGGGCGUGUCCCAGAGGUGGGAGUGGGGCCUGGUGCCUCAGGAAACUUCCCCUUCAGCCCGAGACAGGAUGUGCCCAGGAUGGCCCCCCCCCCCCCCUCCCCGAGUGUCCUCCCGUCGCCUGGGGCACAGGUGCUGCUUGGAGGGGGCAGACACCGCACUGCCGGCUGCUCCCUCAGGCUGGCUCUGACUCUCGCAGGCCUGGUCUCCACUAGGAAUGUUCUCCGGCAUAGCGACAGCCCUCAGAGGUGUGAAAAUCUACACACUUGAGAGAUGCCGGUAUACCAACCUCAGCCCCAGCGCAGGCAGCGCUAGGUGGACGGACGAAUUCUCCAAGCGGCCUGGCUACUGCCUCUCGGGGAGGUGGAUGCCUACGCGGAUGGGCGAAGCCCUGGCGCACACAGCAUCUUCACUGACGCGCUGGUUAGAUAAGUCGGUGACGGCGCUCCUGGGCUCCGACGUGCUCCUGACGUGCAGCUUCCCCGCGGCCCCGUGCGGGGCGGGCGCGGGGCGGGCAGCUGCGGGUGACCUGGUACUUCCAGGGCCAGGCGCUGAUGGAGCUGGACGGCAUCACGGUCACCACGAGGAAGGGGGCAGAGUCUUUGCCCCGGAGCUGCCCAGGGGCAACGCUUUGCUCCUCCUGCCCCGCGUCACGCUGGCCGAGCAGGGCCCCUACCGCUGCUCCGUGCACUACGGGGGGCAGCGCGGAGAGGGCAGCGUCCGCUUACGGGUGGCAGGUAGCGUCACGCCCUGGCCUCGCCCCGUGCUCCCGGCCAGGCAGGGCUGCGGCACUGGGCCCCUGACGAGCUCGGCCCCGGCCCCGGGAUGGCUGCCAGGGUAACCAAAAGCCAACGAGUAACAGCCCAAUGUCCUGACAACAGGGCUCGGGCUGACUCGGGGGCCCUGGACCUCACACCCUGCUCUGCGAGUGCUCGCUCACCCUCAUCCUCUGCUCCAUGCACCCUUCAGGGGCUGGCCGGGCAACCCAGGCCUGCUCAGGGCCCCACAGUGCCCAGUAACCACCCAAAACACAAACCAACCUCUGCCCUCCUGGCUAGGCAGCAGGUCACAGGGACCAUGGCAGGAGCAGGGAGGGGCAGAGGUGAGGGCGUCUCUCUCUCACCUGCUCCCUUUGCCAGGGCCGGAGGAGCAGCGCGGCCUCCUGGAGCCGGGGCUGAGGAUCCUGCUGUGGACGCUGCGAGGGGCUCUCCUGCUGGCCAUGGCGCUGGGGGGCUGGAGCUGUUACUGCUCUGGGAGGAGGCGUGGGCAGGUGCGGGAGUGGAUCUGGACCCCCCGACGCUGGAGAUCAGCGUGGGGCGCAGCCAGAGGACGCGGCAGAGGGACUGGCGGGGCCGUCCCUGCUGCGCGGCUAGAGAAGGGGAUCCCAGGGAGCACGGCCCAUGGAGCUGCCUGUGCAUCGCGCCUCGCUCUCACCGGGGGCCCCCGGCCGAACUGCUGAUGGGUCCAUCCCUGCGUCUGUCAGUCCUGCCUCCCCAGCGAGGUCUCAGCAGCAUCCCCGCUCCCCAAGAUCUGGGUGUCAAUAAAAGCUGCCCAUCCCCCUUCCUGUGCGGCAGACACAAGACGCCCCUGUAUCUCCCUCUGGCGCUUUCAUGCAAACCCUCAGAUUCAGCCCCACAGGGCCUUGCUCCGGCCCCUCACUCCUGAGUGUGGCUGGAAUGUGGUUCCCCCCUCACUCUGGCCCCACACAAAUGGCUGGCCAGUGCCCAGACCAGAGCAAUAAACUGUCUCUCUGGACUCCGUG